CCGAUUCUCUCUUAGUCUUCACAUUUUCAGUUUGUCGGAACUAUAAUGCACAACUUUGAGCGUAAUACCCACUUGCAUAUUCCGCGAUUUCUUGUGAUAUUAAAACGGAAAAGCACAAUGUUCGUACAAUACAGAAAAAAAUUUUUCUUCAACAGAAUUAUUCGUGAAUUUUCUCUCGAAAAACGCUUUGCGUGAAAGAUCAAACAUUUUUCUUAUAGUCAUCGCGAUGAAUAUGAUAUCUCAGGUGCAUUCGCGUAUUGCGCUUACGCACGCUACUUUGAAUUUUUAAAGCAAAUCGCUCGCUGGUAGAUUACUAUAUUAUCUGCGUGAUUAUUGAUUCGGUAGCACGUUUUCUUUCUUGUAAUUUUGUUUUUCGCUGUAAGCAUGAUACUAUAUAUUACGCGUGGAUUUCCACGCAAAUAUUUAAUGAAAACCUCCUAUUGGUUGUGAAAGGGAAGGUUUGUUCGAUGCGUCUUCUGCGAAGAUCUUUCAGUUUGUACAGAAAUAUUUAGUGCUGCAUAUCAAACGAUUAAAUUAUCCGCUAACGUAGUACUCACGACGUAUCGUAGUUUCAACGUGUGCUUCUUUUCAAUAAAGGCAAUAGAAAAAUAAUAGUACAAACAGGCAAGAGAAGCAGAGAAAUAUGGAAACUAUAGGCGCUAUUAACCGUUCGGUAGAAAUUCUACUUCGCAUCUGUGGCCUCUGGACAGGCUCACCAUACGCUCCGUUCUGUAAACUGUAUUGGACAUUUUCGUUUAGUAUCACAAUUAUUUUAUCUUUCCAAUAUAUUAUCAAGUAUUUACAAGAUACUGAUCUUCCCGAAUUGAUGGAAACCUUUAGUGUGUUUGUAGUUAAUAUAUUAGUGUUUUGUAAACUCGUCAUUUUCUGGCUCAAUCAACGGACGCUCGACGAGCUAUUAGCAAUUAUGGCAAUGGAUUGGAAAAAGAACAUCGAUACCGACCUCAAUGCACAUAUAAUGGCAAAGAAAGCAAAUUUGUCACGUUACUUUUCCAAUACACUAGUGGUUAUCUACUCGGGGUCUGUGCUUGCAUACUCAAUCGUCAUCCUUGCUACUAAUAUCUUCAGCAACGAAAGUUCCGAGCGAUCGCUUCUUAUAAAGAUGAAUUUGCCAUUUGAUAGUAACAGGCAAUUCGUACACGAAUUUGUCAUGCUUAACCAGCUCUUUCAAUUAUUAAUGCUUGCUUCUGCGGAUGCGAUAUUGAAUGCUCUUCUUAUAACGAUGGUACUACAUGCGAGUGGACAAAUCAAAAUUCUUUGUGGAUGGUUGAUUAAAAUUUUUCCAAAAAAAGAAAAAUAUAACCUACAAAUUACUAUGGUAGAGAAAAUAAUUACAAGGCAUCAGGAUAUCAUUGCUUUUUCAAAGAAAAUUGAGAAGCUUUAUUCAUAUAUCGCGUUGGUGCAAUUCUUAUCAGAUACUCUACUCAUCUGCGGCCUAGGAUUUAUAUUGGCGACAUCAAUUGGAAAGCCUAAUACGUGGGUUAUUCUAAUAAAAACCUGUUUAUUUUACUUCUCUAUGAAUCUGGAGGCGUUUACAUUCUGUUUCGCUGGAGAAUAUCUGAGCACUGAAAGCAAAACCAUUGGAGAUGCUGCAUAUAAUUCUCUUUGGUAUGAAUCUACUUCCAAAGAUACUCAAAUUAUAUUAUUUUUGAUCAUGAGAUCACAAAAUCAAUUAACCAUCACAAUUGGAAAAAUUACGGAUAUGUCUUUAAAGCGAUUUAGUGAUAUUGUAAAAGCUUCGGCCUCUUAUAUAUCGGUUCUGCUUGCAAUGUACUGAAACUAAACACACUACAUAUUGUACAUAUUGUGUUUCUAACUGAUAAAGAAUUGGCUGUUAGUUAAUUGUAGAAAACUUGCACCUAAAUUAAAAUAGAUGAAAAUAAUUCUUACAUUAUUCUUACUAUUGUUUCAUUUAUCUUGUGCGCAUGUACUUGCAUACACAUAUGUGCACUUUCGUCGAAAGCGAAAGUAAACUCGAGACGCUUGGAAGGAAAAUCGAUUACUUGAAAUGCACAAAGUUCAUAAGUGAAGUCGUAUGAAGCGGCCAGCAAUUUUCGAUUUUCUCAUUUAUGUUGUUCUCCUUGCUUCAAGUUUCCACCGAUUUCCACUCGGCCAUUAUACAUUUUCCGUACGGAUAAUAUCUCCCAUUUCAAUUGCAUUGUAAAUCGGAGAAAACGGUAGCCUAAGAACAACAUUAAAAAUUCAUUUAAACUGUA